AUGUUUCUCGAGCGCCUCUCAUUGAAGAGCAAAAUAGCUCUUGGAUUAAUCUCAUCCUAUCUGAUUUAUGCUGCUAUUGUCGUAUACAAGACUAACUCAGAAAUAGAAAAGCGUACCAAGAAGUACCAUCAGGAUAAAGAUGGUGUGGCAAGAUUCGGUCCAUUAGUAGUAUUAGGAAGGUACCAGAACCCAUUUUAUGAAUAUGAGCAUGAAACACUAUUUCAUUUCGCAUAUAAUCAAGUUCGCAAACUUUUUAGCGUCAAGAAUAUUGUGAAUGUGGAAAACAGUACGGCUUGGAGACUUCACAUGCCUAUAUACAAGCCGGACUUCUUUUUAAUGUUCAAUAACUCGAAAAUAAAGAAUGAUAUAAAUCCUGAGGACAGUGACGAGAUGGUUGCAAAUAGAUACCAUAGUAUCCCUCCCUUGAGCUCACGUUUGGUGUUUACAUGGCUUGGUCAGUCUUCUGCUUACAUUCAAAUUUCGGACAAAAAUAUUUUGACAGAUCCCGUUUUCAAUGAUCAUAUUAUUAAUAAGAGGUUUGGUCCAAAGAGACUUACUCCAUCACCUGCUCAAAUUGAAGAUCUUCCAACACCCGAUAUUGUCCUUGUCAGUCAUAAUCACCCAGAUCAUCUAGAACCUGACAGUAUAAAGAAACUAAGCACCAAGAAAAACACACUCUGGGUAGUGCCAGAUGGAGUGGGACUGCAACUAAAGUCAAAUGGCGUGGAAUCUUCUAAAAUCAUUGAGAUGUCUUGGUGGCAGCGACAACGUCUUGAUGAGCAUUGGGAAGUUGCCUGUUGUCCUGCAAAGCAUUGGCUGGGCAACUGGUUUAUAGACUUUAAUAAUUCCUUGUGGUGCUCCUUUAUACUUUUCAAAGAUCAAAAACCAGUAUUGUACCACAUGGGAGAUACUGGAUAUCAACAGGAUCUCUUUGAGUCCAUCAAAUCACAGUAUUGUGCGAACCAACCGAUUUCUCUAAUACUUGCACCAAUUGGACAGUACACUACCAGUAAAGUCACCAACCAUCACCACAUGUCACCUACAGAAGUUGUGAAGGUGGCAUCUUUUUUUAAUGCUAAGAAGACGAUGGGAGUUCAUUAUGGGACGUUUGCCCUUGGAUUGGAGCCUCUCGCCGAACCACGCCGGUUGCUUGCGGAGAUGGCCGCGGCGGAGGGCCUCAACGGGGUUUUUCCGGGAGAGUUUGGUCAGACAGUCACGUGUAAGAUUUGA